AUGGAAGGUAUGGCGUGCAUUCUCGACCAUGAGCUGACUUGCGUAUACGAACCACUACACCUAGACGAUCCGCAAGGAUUCGUUGAGAUCUCGCAACGACCUCGGCAUGAAGCGACAGAUCCCUCUCUCGAACCUAUCUCAUCCAAUGACAGUCUUUCGCUCCUGCAAGAACCUGCUUUUGGGUUUCAACACGGGGAAUUGAUGCGACACUUCGUCCGCUCCACCUCCACCACGCUGGCUUUCUUCGUUGACACCAAAUGGUCAUGGGACGAAGAAGUACCCUUGCAAGCAGAUACUAAUUUGUUCCUGCUCCAUGGGGUAUUGGCCGUUUCAGCCUUACAUAUUUGUUCCCUACAACCUGCAAAUCCGGGCGAAUACCAUGUGAUGGCAUGUAAGCAUUACAGUCGAGCCACGGGUCUUUUCCAAUCGGCUGUGAGAAACAUCAACAAAGAUAACAGCACGGCGAUCCUCGCGUUCUCUCUCUUGGUAGCGAUCUUCCAACUCAAUGUAUCUCGCACUUACAACACACCGGCCUCCAGCGAGGUAUUUGACCCGUUCAACGCUGUCUUUGCUCUACGAGGAGCUUGGUCUUUGAUGGGCAUGCUACACCCAUUUCUUAUGCAGGCCCGAGUUGGCAAUCUUCUAAGACAACAGCGCCUCAAUUUCAUCGAUGUGCCGCUGGAUGAGAAACACGCCCAUACACUGGAUGGGCUUGCAGUUUUGAAUCGGUCAUCGAACAGUCCCAUCCCCACCAAAAUGGCCUGUGGCCAGGCCAUUGGCAUACUGCGAAAAUGGUACAGCAUCGUAGCUGGACGACCAGCCACUUGGUUCCACGUGGUAUUCUGGCCCUCGGCAGUACCAGACGAAUACGUCACCUUGCUGCAGCAGAAGAGCCCAUUUAGCAUUAAUCACAUUCAUACACUGGUGCAUUGGGAUGCAUCACAGUACGCCGAGAUGGUUUCUAGAUGGAUGGGGUAA